GUGUCCAUCUUGUCAUAUCAAGAACCUCCCCGCACACCCCACACCCCACACCCCACACCCACUCAAAAAAGAAACCCCUCUCUCAUUUGUUUCUUUAAUUACCAGAAAUCAGGGAGAAUUUUCUGGUUCUUGUCUUUCUCUUGUAAACAGAAAAUAUCCCAAGUUUUGUUAGUUUGUAAAACCUCAAUAUAUAUAAAAGCAAGGAGCCAAAUUGAAGAAGCAAAAAUAUCCAAAAGAGAUAAAGACUCAUUAAUCAAACAGAAGCUGAACAAAUUAAAGCUGAGAAGGCUCUUUUUUUUUUCUUUGGAUCUCUUUUUACCACCCUUUUUCAGCAGCUUUAUAAUUUCAUUAGUCUCGUUAAUUUACUCUUUGUAAUGUCAAACCUGUCUUAUGGGAAUAGUAGUACUGAAGAAGCAGAUGAAACUCCCAACGUGUUGUCUAGUACUACAAGUGAUGGAUCUAGUGUUCAUCAAGAACAACCUCUUCCCAGUCCUAACAAAAGGAGAAGGAAAUUACCUGGAAAUCCUGAUCCUAGUGCUGAAGUUAUUGCCUUAUCACCAAAAACCCUAAUGGCAACCAACAGGUUCAUCUGUGAAGUCUGUAACAAAGGCUUCCAAAGGGAACAAAAUCUUCAAUUACACAGGAGGGGACACAAUUUACCAUGGAAAUUAAAGCAAAAAACAAGCAAUCAUGAGAUUAAAAAACGAGUGUAUAUUUGCCCAGAAAGCUCAUGUGUUCACCAUGAUCCUGCUCGUGCUCUUGGAGAUCUUACAGGGAUUAAGAAACAUUUUUCACGUAAACAUGGUGAAAAGAAAUGGAAAUGUGACAAGUGUUCUAAAAAGUAUGCGGUGCAAUCUGACUGGAAAGCCCAUUUGAAAACUUGUGGCACCAAGGAGUACAAAUGUGACUGUGGUACCAUCUUCUCCAGGAGGGAUAGUUUUGUGACUCAUAGAGCCUUUUGUGAUGCUCUGGCUGAAGAAAAUAACAAAGUAAACCAAGUGUUAGCUUCAACCACACAACCUGCAGCCACUAGCACUGGCAGUACCCAAUUAGGCCCUGAACUUAUAUCCAACACUUCCAUGUUGAACUUAUUACAAAUCAGCAAUCCAAACAUAAAAGUUCCUCCAACGUCCUUAAGCAAUAUGGCAGGAAGCAUGUUUUCCUCUUCUUCUGGCUAUGGUCAAUUAGGCACAAAUUCGUCGAAUAUGUCAUCAGCAACAGCAUUGUUACAACAAGCAGCUCAAAUGGGUGCAACAGUGAGCAGUAACAUGAACUCUUCAAUAAACGUGGCACGAAAAAGUUACCGUUCUCCGUUUAAUGGCAUGCAAAUUCCAAUUAUAAGUGAUCAUGAUCAAAUUCAACCACAAAUAGGGAACACUUCUGUGCAUGGAUUUGCUGGGUCUAUGUUACAAAAUAGUAGUAGUAAUAAUGAUAGCUUGACUCUUGAUUUUCUUGGGAUAGGAGGAAUGAGACAGAGGAAUUUACAUGAAAUAAUACAACAACAGCAGCAGCAAGAGAUGAGUUUUGAACAGCAAAAAGAAGUUGGUCAACAAAGUAUUCAAGGAAUGAACUCCAUGUGGGAUGAUUGAAAUAAUUAAUUCAACCAAGUAAUUCUCUGCUAUAUAAUACUGAAGUUAGAUAGUUUGAUUUGAUCCCAUGCUGGAUUUUGGAUUGUAAAUGCUUAGUGAAAUCGAAUCGAAUGUUUAUACUUUAUAUCAAAUGAAUUCAAAUUAUCAUGAUUGAGUAA